AGCUCUUUCCGCCACCACGGGGCCACCACCAACACAGCUGCAGUUGGGAAAGGAAAGCCGUAACAUCCUUUCUGCGUUCCGCCAGCCAUAGAGUCGUGGAUGGUGAGAGCGAGAGAGUUGAUUCACUGUGCUUCUGUGCGACCAAGCCAGCAGCCGUAUUUACCGUAUCGCACUUGGAAGGACCUCGGCUCGAGAGCUGCCAGAGAGCGUUCGCCUGUUAUUGGGUGGAAGGGCUGCUGCUCGGCUGAAUUUUCAGUUUUUUCCUUCCUCCAAAUCAAACCACAUAUUAAUAUAGGCAACAUAGAGUAAAACGAAUUCGCCAACAUUGAUAUUGCAAUUUAUCCGGGAAAGAAACACGGAUCGCUCAAAACCAAUCGCAUUGUGUAGUGUGUAGUGCCUGCCAGGUGUAGCAAACGACGAGUAUACAAGCGUUUUCCACGGGUUUUUCGUUCGGUCUAUGAUUUCGCCCUAGUUUUCCAUCACCACCACCACCGGAUGUGUUUUGUGAUGCUUGUGCAGAAUGUGGAUCCACCGAAACGCAAGGGUAGGGCGGCGAUGGUUUGCCAUUAGUGUGCAGCAGGUGGGAUUGUGUUCCAAUUUCGGGGUUUACGGAAGCAACAGGACCUUUAAAAGCGGGGUCGAGUCGAAACAAAGACUACUUGCGAAAUGCUGGAGUGGACUUUUUGGGGGAAAAUAGUGUGGUGGAUCGGAGGAAUGUCAAUCAGCUAGAUAGCUUUGUGCCGGAUUAUGCUCCCGAACAAAUCGCUGUUGGGAGAGAAGCAAAUUUAUCACGACGACGCUUUCUAUUUAAGUGAUUACGAUAAGCAUAGAAAUGUACAAUUCUUAGCUAGUCUUCAUUUUGUGAGAGAAUACUCGAUAUUUAGCUAAACCUUAUGCAAGUUCAAUGAAAUUUUACGAAAGUUCGUGUUCACAAAUUUAGUGUUUGUAAGAAAAAUAAAUCUUUGCUGCAAGUACCAAUGCAAAAAGAGGAUGAUGUGAAGAGAGAGUUCAAAGGAAUUCUGCACGCUCAAAAAGGGUUCUAAGUAGCACCAAUGCUGAAGACCCGAAGAGUAGCGGAAGAAGUGAUAAAGAUUACAUCGUUAAUGGCCUAACAUUCAACAAGCUGCAGUGAACCAAAAGAAUCAAAGUGAUACCUAGCUGACGACAAACAUAAUUUCACGCUUUACCAUACAUAAAACAUUAUAUUCUCCGCCAGAGGCAAAGAUAGAAGAAUAAUCAUCUAAAAACCGUGAAACGAGAGCGAGAGAAGCAUUUUACACGCCGUAAACGAGAGUACACACUGCCCCACAAUUUGGAGCCACCCGGGCGCGGAAAGGGGUCCGAGCGAAUGUGUUUGUGCCAUCCGUACAGCGGGCAUAGCCAAAAACGUAAACAUAAUUAGGAAACCGUGACCAACCCGUCGGCCAACCUUCCAAAUUGCAACAUUUCCCUCGAGACACAAACCCCCAUACGGCGCACCCCGCUUCUCUUACAGCGAGCUCUAGAGGCCCCACGCGCCUCAACCCCCCCACUUCUAGGAAAAAAAGGAGUGUACUUGGAAUGGCAGAAGCACCGGGCAGUCCAAGGACCGGCGAUGAAUCGUCCGAAAGUGAAAAUGAACCCGAACCGGCCAAAAUUUUCCACCGGAAGCUGUCAACCAAGCGGGACGUCAAAUCGGCGGCUGCCACCAAGGAGGGCUACCUCAUGAAACAAACAUGGUCGUUCCAGCGCUGGCGGAGGCGGUACUUUCGGCUGAAGGGCCACAAGUUGUACUACGCCAAGGAUAGCAAGAGCGAACUAUUCGAUGAAAUCGAUCUCUCCAAUCUGUGUUUUGCCGAGUGCAGUACGAAGAAUGCCAACCAUAGCUUUCAGCUAAUCACCCCAACCCGAUCUCUGGUACUGUGUGCCGAAAACCGCCGCGAAAUGGAAGACUGGUUACAUGCGCUAAAAGCGGCCUCCUCGAGGGAGUUCUUCGAACCAGGACCACCGGACCAGCAUGACUUCCUCUCCGGACACCACAAUUGGUACGCAACCUCCCAUGCUCGGCCAACGUACUGCAAUGUUUGUCGUGAGGCUCUGUCCGGGGUCACUUCGCACGGGCUGUCCUGUGAGGUAUGCAAGUGCAAGGUCCAUAAAAGGUGCGCCGCCAAGGCGAUUUCGAACUGCAAGUGGACCACACUGGCUUCGGUUGGAAAGGAUAUUAUCGAGGACAUGGACGGGAACAUCGUCAUGCCACACCAGUGGAUGGAAGGUAACCUGCCGGUGUCAGCAAAAUGCAUCGUCUGUGACAAAACAUGCGGUUCGGUGAUGCGAUUGCAGGACUGGCGCUGCCUCUGGUGUCGCUCCACGGUGCACACUGCCUGCCGACCGCAGGCUCAGGUGGCCUGUCCCUUGGGUCCAGCUCGGGUCUCGGUAGUUCCGCCGAUUUCCCUUCACUCCAUAGGGAUCGAUGACGCGUGGGAUGUGUGCAAACCGCACGGGAGCUUCUCGCCGCUGUUGGUGUUUGUGAAUUCCAAAUCCGGUGACAAUCAGGGUGUCAAGUUUCUGCGACGAUUCAAGCAGCUUCUGAACCCAGCCCAAGUAUUCGAUCUCAUAUCAUCCGGCCCGGGGCUGGGCCUUCGGCUGUUUCGCCACUUCGAUCCGUUUCGGAUACUGAUCUGCUCCGGGGAUGGAUCUGUAGGAUGGGUGCUCAGCGAAAUCGAUCAAUUAAACAUGACGAAACAAUGCCAAAUAGCCGUGCUUCCCCUGGGGACCGGGAACGACCUGGCCCGGGUGCUGGGCUGGGGCAGCUCCUGCGAUGACGACGCACAUCUACCGCAGCUGCUCGAGCGCUACGAAAAGUCCAGCACCAAGAUGCUGGAUAGGUGGAGCGUGAUGGUGUUCGAGCGGGACAUUGGCAUUGCACCACCGGUGCCAACGCGGACGCCCAAAAUGUCCAUCUCGCACCACCCGGACCCGGUGCUGUUCCAGUACGAGGACGAAGUCCUCAGCCACCUACAGUCAAUUGUCACCAACGACGACACGCAAACCAUGCUUCAAUCGACGCGGGAUCUGGUCAAAACGGUCAACGACUUUAUCACUAGGGUAAUAGAAAACAGCUCCGACGAAGAGCAAUUAAGCAUCAAAUGUGAUAUUUUAAGACAAAAAUUAGGUAUGUUAUUAGAUACUCUGAAGGAAGAAGAAGCUGGUCUUCAUGGUGACGACGAAUUAAUCCGAACACUUAAAGAAAUUGCUCAAAAAAGUGCCUCUGAAAGACCAAUAGAAUCAAGCGAUAUCAAUCUACAUAGAACGAUAGAAAAGCAGGAAAAAGACAAACUGAAUUCCAGAGAACGCACAAGUAGACUAGAUAGCCGUUCGGACAAGGAAGCCGUUCUGUGUCGGGCCAACAGUCUCAAGCGAGCCAUACACGACGUGAUGAAGUACAGCGAAACUAGUUUGCUGUACGUUCCUCCGAAGCGACUAUCCAUUCCCAUGAACAUUAGGGAUACAUCUCCGGGAAGCUCUCCCAUUCCGGUGUCGGCACCUCUGUCAUCGAUUUCGCCAUCGGUGUCCACCUCGCGACUCACAUGCAUAUCACCCCUGCCGGAUCUGCGGCGCGACUCCAUGGACGAGCACUUCUUGAGCAAUCUCAACCUUCCGGUACCGAAGCAGUUUGCCGAUGGGGGAAGUCGCCGAAGCUCCGGCAUACCGGAAAACUACAAAAUCUCCAGCAUCGAAGAGCUGGAGGAAACCAGCACCCACACCGAGAAGAAUGACGCUCGCACCAUGGCACCAACCGGCCUCGCCAACAUCGAAGAAAACGUAGACAAUCAUUGUAGGGACGACAGGGACGACACGUUGAACCAGAAAUCGACCACAACGACCACCUCGGACUCGCAAUCAACGACGGCGCCGUACGACUUUUCGUUCGAAUCCGACACAAAGACUGUAAAGUUCGAGCUAGAUGCGAAUAGCGCAUUCGAACGCCUAGGGUUUAAACCGUUCAAGAAAGCCAUCGAACAGCACCACCAACAGGUCGUGCAGCAGAAAAGCGACCCCGCAGAGUACGUGCACUUCCAACCGAUUGAGGUGUACGAGCGGAACUUGUACCGUAAUCAGCAGCAACAGGCACAACUGCAACAGCAACUGCAGCAGCAGCAACAACAGUUACAACCCGGAUUCGGUAAUGGUAGGAUGCUGGAACCGAAAAGUUCCAACAUGUUACAGGUGCCGAGCAUCUGUCUACCGACGCUGGAGAAACCACCAGAAAACAUGUACUUCGGUGAUAACAUAACCAUCAUCGAUACGGAUCUACCGGAACGUUCCUCGUCCGACGAAGCACCGGGAGAGGCUAGCGAUGUUCUGUCGGCAAUCAGCAACGAAGAAUGCAGCGUAACGUCGGAGAUCUUGGAUCGGCCAUCGGAGGGCAACUCACAAGUGGCGAUCGGUGAUUUGAUUCAGGAUCUGGACACUGACCGCUUCAGUCACAUCGACUCGGAAACGAGCGACACCACCGAAGCCCUACACGGCGAAAGCCUCAUGGAUGACAUCAGCUCCGUACUGGGCCAGGAACUCUUGGGAGCCCUGAUGGACAACACAAUCACCGAAGAUACAACGACUCUCUGUACUCUGGAUCACACAAAGCGGCGCAGCUUUAAGAACAAACAGCAGCAGCAGCAGCAGCAACAACAACGAAAAGGAAGCAUCGAACCGGAGCAGUGUGGCUUUGAGAACCGAGUGUUCGACAUCGAUAACCGGUGCGACGAUCAGAAGGUACGGGAACCCCGCUACUGUAGUCUGGCCAAGUUCGUCGAGGGGAACGACAUCGCAAGGAAAAGCUUUAAGCGACCGGCUGGCAGAGGGUUACCUUCGCGAAGCUUAGCAAGUCAGGCAUACAAAGUGCAAGAUAAUGAGUAUGAGAAUACAAGGAGCUUGUCGGCGAACUUGCUGCAGCCGCAUGGGUCUCCAUCGGAUGUGUCCGGCUCCGAUACUGAUACGGUACAGUACAGAAUACUCAGUUCGGCGUGUACCAAUGUAGACGACGACAGUCUCACUGAUUACGAUGAGAAAGACGAUCGCUCGGAUGAUGACCAGGAAACUGAGGGUGCCGCCGGAGGCCAAUCGGACGAUGACGAUAUAAACCAAGAUGAAACCAACGACGAUGAGCAAUCAAUGAAUCCAACUAUUCCGACAAUCAACGUAGUCGUCGAACCACCAUCGCCGGCGAUGAGUGACGAACUGCGAUCGCUACGGGUGCCGGAGACACGACGGCACUCGAGCCACACUCCCAAUACGUUGGCACCGCGUGAGAUCGACAUCAACCGACGACACUCGGGCAACAAUCCGAAUUUACUAGGUCUAGACUCGGAGCACAUUCGCUUCCUGAACUGCUCGCCAGCGGCCACGCGGCGUAUCAGCAGUGGAAGUUUGCUUUUCAAACCGGAAGCGCUUGGCAGUUCGAAAAGCAAUAUUUUUAGCUCUAACUUGGGGUUGUUCAACUUCGAUCGUGACUCGGAGAGCAAAGAGGACGACAAGAAGAAAAAGGAUGAAAAAGAGGAAAAGGUGAAGAAGUUGCCGAUCAUCAAUCCACUGGUGAGGUUACCGUCUUGGCCCAAUGUUACCAGUGGUACUGGGUUUAUAUCGAAGUGUCUACUGGCGAACGCGGAUACCUUGUGUGCCGCUGUAAGUCCUCUGAUGGAUCCUGAUGAAACCCUCAUGGAAGGCUACUCGGAGAAGGCAGUUAUGAACAACUACUUUGGGAUCGGAAUCGACGCGAAGAUUUCCUUGGACUUCCACAACAAGCGGGAAGAACAUCCGGAGAAGUGUCGAUCCCGGGCGAAGAACUACAUGUGGUAUGGGGUGUUGGGAUCGAAACAGUGGCUGCAGAAGACGUACAAAAAUCUCGAGCAGAAGGUUCAACUCGAGUGCGACGGCCAGCGUAUUCCACUGCCAUCGCUACAAGGUAUUGUAAUAUUGAACAUUCCGAGCUUCAUGGGUGGUACAAACUUUUGGGGAUCAAAGAAAGAGGAUGACUGUUUCUUGGUACAGAGCUUCGAUGACCGUAUCCUGGAGGUGGUUGCCGUGUUCGGAUCGGUCCAAAUGGCGGCAUCUCGGCUGAUCAAUCUGCAGCACCACCGGAUCGCCCAGUGUCAAAGUGUGCAGAUCAACAUCUUAGGCGAGGAAUGUGUUCCCAUACAAGUCGAUGGAGAGGCGUGGUUGCAACCACCAGGAAUGAUUCGAAUCAUCCACAAAAAUCGCGUUCAGAUGUUAUGUCGCAACCGUAGCUUGGAGGUUUCAUUGAAGAGCUGGCAGGAGAAACAACGACAGCACAGCAUAUCGAUAGCCCGAGAGCAGCCGUCAACUACAUCCUCGGAGCACCUUGUAGCCACAUCGGAAGACAUGUUCACCGAAAGGGAAACGUAUCUGUUGCUCAAUUUCAUCGAGUGUGUCAGCACUCUGGUUAAGUGGGUCAAGUUCCUGAUCAUCUCGCAUCCUUCGCUCCAGCCGGACCUGUACAUGGUGGCUUCGAAAACGGCCGACUCGUUGGAGUCCAUUCAUCCCGGGGGUAAGAUUAUCGAGGGUCCGAAUUUGAGACGGCAGCUAACUGAACUGGUUCGUGCAGCGCGGCAACUCUACGAAGACACCUGUGACCUGCUGCGCGAGCGUAGUCACAGCCUGAUCCUGCGCGAAGAUCUGGAAACGAAACUGAGCGUAUCGCUGGCCAACAUGGAGAUGGAACUGGGCAAGUGUAGCCUGCAGCAAACCAGCGACGGCGAAACCAAAGUGUAUCUCAACGUGUUGGCUCCGAACGAGGACGUGGAUCACCAUCGCAAGAAGCAGAAACCGUUUUGGUUGCGGUUCCGCGGUCAACAUGGGCAUGGUCAGGGUAGUUCCGGAAUGGGCGGAGGACUGGGUAAGACGAAUGCCGAUCUAGUUAAUAAUUGGGGAGUUGGGGAGGUGGUCACAUGGUUGGAAGCAAUGCAGAUGGUGGAGUAUGUGGAUAGUUUCAUCAAGAACGACAUACGCGGCAAGGAGCUACUAACGUUGGCAAGGCGAGAUCUGAAGGAUCUCGGUGUUACCAAGGUGGGUCACGUGAAGCGUAUCCUGCAAGCAAUCAAGGAUCUGGGCAGUACGAGCAUCGGAUAAAGGAAUGUGGAGGGGUUGGAUGCAUUUUAGUUAAAUCUAUUUAGAGCAGUAGUUGGUAGUGUACCAAAUCACUGUUGUAUCAGUAUCUACUUAACGGAAUCAAUCAUUUGAAAACUAUUCCAAAGCAGUUGUCAGCAAACACAAAAGCGAAGAAGCAACAAUGUAUUUAAAUUGUUUUAAUAAUCAAGAAACCAAAAGACUUUGUUUACUCUUGUGUAGGGAUGUAUUUCCACGUCAUUUUAGGUAUUCAUUUUUUCCGGGAAGUCCGAGUACCGGAACUUUUAGAGCAUCGCAAUGGAUGGAAGAGGAAAUUUUCUCUAAUGCUACGUAGUAUCAUUCCAGAUUAGGAAUAGUGAAAAUAGAAAGCAAGGAACAAUGAAAUCAUAGAGCAGAGAAUAUCACGGAAUAUCAAUUCUUCUUUGGUAUCUCUUGUACCGAAGAAAAUAAAAAGCAAGAAAAAAAUAAUCAUCUUGAGAAGCCUAAUGUUAACUGUGUGUUUUAGUUAAAACUUUUCCAAUGUUCAAUUGCAAAACAAAAUCAUGCAGCGUGAGUGUAUGAAGAGAGUGUAGAUUUUCCUUUCCAUCAAUAUAUUCCUGUUUGUCGGCAACAAGUGUGGAAUGUUACAAGUAAGUGAAAAACAAAAACUCAAAACCAAAACAUUGUCACAAAUUCUAAAUCCAGUUUAAAACAAAAAAAACGGGAAACCCUUAUCACAGUAUGUAUGACUUUUACCACUUGUGUUCCUCUGAAAUACUUUAGUGCUGUUAAGUGUCUAUUUGGUGUUUGUUCUUACGAAAAUAAAAAAAAGGUUCCUUGUUGGGAUGUGUGAGUGUCUGGGUAUCGGAGGAGUUACUUAAGAAAUUAGGCCAGUAGUAGUUAAAAAUCAAUUUAGAUUCAUAUGAUCCUUAUGUGUGCGCAUAUACUCAUCAUCUUUCAUGAAUGUGUGUAUCCCUCUUAUACGAAAAUUUAUCAUACAUAUAUUUAGUACAUUAUUGAGAAGAAUAUUAUUGUGAAGCAUUUAGAUCCCAAACAAUUAUUCAUCCCGGUGUGAUAGUGGUUGAUAUGAUCUCAUUAGGUUUGCAUAAAAAUGGGGCGUUCCCUCCCAAGCAACAGUUUGAAGUCUGAUUGGUUUUGACGAGUUUUUGUAAACCUUCAUAAAUUCUAAAAGAAUUUAUUUUCGCUUCAAGAAGGUUAAGUACCUCCUUGAAUCGGUUAGACUUGAAAAUGUUACUUGGGGUUUAAAUAUACUAAAUCCGAUGAAAACUCUGUUUCUAAUUUGAUACUUUAGUAUGCUUAGUGAACUCGAGGCAUUGCAUUCCUUAAGAACUUUCCAUUUAUGAAAAAAAAAACACAAACAGAACUCAAGUAAAGAAUUACAAGCUUUAAUUUCCAUUUCCAGUAUGUACAGAAGACCUUUUUGCAGAAAAAUGGCAUAACCGUUGAGAAAUUGCGGUGACAAUGAGUGGAUGGAGGCGUCCCAUAAGAAGCCCCGACUGAAGUUAGCAUCCGAGGCUGCUACUGGUGGUGUAAUGCAGGGAUUCCGAUUUAUUUCCUUGGAUCCAUGAUAUACACUGAUAUAUGUUGCCCUUUACUGGCAUUUACCAGAAUUGCUGGUAUGUCAUAAACAUACAGAAACAUUUGUAGUUAGAAGGCACAGAAUGUUGCUAGUUGACAAAUUGAGAGAUGAACUUGUGAAAAAAUCGGGUUCUGGUGAGGUUUGAAACCACGACUCCGUAUUCGAUAGACCGGAGCAUUAACCAACUAAGCCACAGAACAGGUAACAAACGCGGGAAUGUUGUGGAUUGGCAUCUAAGCCGAAAGAGAGAUUGUUCGUAAAAAAGGAAUGUUCAUGAUGUGGGCUCAGGUUCAGUUUGGCUUUCUAUUCCGCAGGAUCAUUAGCUGUUAUGUGUCUUAGUUGGUUAAAGCGCCGGUCUAGUGAAUACAGAGUCGUGGCUUCGAACCUCACCAGAAACCGAUUUUUUUUUUCACAAGUUCAUCUCUCAAUUUGCCAAUUAGGAACAUUAUGUGCCUUCUUACUACAUUGCUUUCUGUACCCAUAAUAUACUCGUUUCAAAUUGUGCAUGGCAGUGAAUGUGGAAAAUGCGAUAAUUGGAUAACGUUUUUUCUCAUGUAUGCUUCCAGAUAUUUUGAUCUUCUUCUCAAUAUGCACAGAAUAUCUAUUUCAGUUCAUCCCCCGAUUUUUACCCGAAAGAUUUGCAUAAAUAUCUUUCGGAGUUUUUACAGAGUUUUGCCAGAGAUUUCGCCGGAAUUGUUUCAACAGUUCCUGGUUAGAAGAUGCACGGAGUUUCUUUCAAAAUUUGUCGAAGAGGUUCCUUGUAGUGUUCUUUACAGGAUCAAUUCCUGUUCGGACGAUUUGUCCUCAGCGUGUACAUACAAAUAAUGAUAGCAGCAUUAUUCUCUGAGCAGCUCCAAUGCUGAAAUCCACUUUAUUUUAGAUUAAAGAUGUUAACAAAUAAUAAUGAAGUAUUUACUGUUUGGUUGUAAAUUCACGCUCUCCAAAAGAAACGAAACGUCCUCUCUAUCACUUCACUCUUAGCAACUGAUUCCCUUUAUCGAUCACGAUCACAAGAAUAUCUUACCAGUUCCUUCUAGGCUAUCUCUUAAAAAUUUGCAAAAUACCCAUUUCGGAGUAUAUCCCGGGAUAUGCCACGAAUUCCUUCUGUAGUUUCUCUCGGAAUUUUCCUUUAUUGAUUUCCAGGGUGUUCCAGCCAGAAUUUCUCCCAGAGUUCAUUUGAUAAAUUGUCCUAGAUUUGAUCUUAGAUUCCCUAAUAAGGAGUUCUGAAAAUAAUUCCAGGCGAUUUCCUCAGAAAAGCUCUUUAAAUACAUCCAUUGAAGAACUAUGGCUGAAAUCUUGUGAGGAUCUGUUUGAGAGACCCCAGAAAGAUCGCCCUGAGACAACGUACAAUGAACUCUGAGAGACAUUUCAGAAAUAAUACAAUGAGAAAUUUCGAGAGGAUGUUCACAAGAGAUUCUGGUUGGAACUCUGAAGAAAUAAACAAAACUCUGGAGAAGCUCUUAGCAAAGUAAACCACGGAAAAACUUUUUAAAGAGAGAUGCCAUAAAUCCUAAAAAUAAUGCCAAGAAUUAUUUCGAAACAAAUUCCAGGAAACAGCCGAGAAGGAACUCUGGGUGAAAUUUCAUGAAAAAUACCCCAGAAGAAACUCUGAGAAGCAUUCUUGAAAAACAUUCACAAGAGACCUGUGAGUAUCUUCGUUAUUGAUCCCGAAAUAAACUCUGGAAAAAAAAAUCCGCGAAAACGUUUGGAGAAAACCAUUAAAAAUCCUGGGAGGAACUUUUGAAAUAUUUGAAAUAUUGAGAAAAGCUCUAAAAAAGUCGUACAAGUAUCUUCUAGAAUAUUGAAAAGAACUCCAAAAGAAGUGUCCCGCGAUCUUAAGGAAGAAAUACCGGGAAAAACUCUUGGAGAAAUUCCAUGAAAAACUCUGGAAUAAAUCGAAAAAUAACUUUUGGGGAAAUCCUAGGAGGAAAAAUAUUAGGUAUCCCGUUUUUGUCAGUUUUACAAAAGCCAUAAGAGGAAAUUUAAAGAGAAACCCCAGAAGAAAUGUGGAAUAAAUAACGGAGAAAUCCCAAGUAACACACAUGGUUACAAAACAGUCACGGAAGCGCAUGUAAGCCCAAGAAACAGAAGUAACUGAACAAUAGUUUCUUAAGCUGAAGUUUGCUUAUGAGUAGUUUAUUCCACUCCUAUUCAACAAUUUGUUUUCUUGAGAGGAUUGCACAGAAGUCACUGUGAUUUACUGCGUAACCCUAACAUAUGCUGCUGUGACUGUUUUGUAAUCAUGUGUGUUGCUUGGGAUCUCUAGAUGAUAUCUAGGACAAAACUGUAACAAAUCUUAAAGAACAUUCAAAUGAAUUCUCUAGAGAAACUUCAGCAGGAAUCCUAGAACAAACCCCGAUAACAAUUUUUGAAGAUCUCUGGAAAAAUAAUCUUGGGAUUUCAUGUGUGGAUCUCAUAUUUUUCUUGUCAGGAAAUUUUGGAAGGACCUUUGAAUUAAAUCCCGGGAAAAACUCCAGAACUCUAGACAAAAACCUCGAAAAAUUCGAACUGCCGGAGAAAUCCAAGAAGGGGCACCUACGAACGCUUUAAACAUUGUUUUGUAAGAAUCUUCUGGAGAAAUCCCAGGACGAUUUCUUGCAAGAAUGUUCAGAGAAGUAUCCUGAGAACUUAUGGAGAAAUACUGGGACUCCCGGCGAAAUUCCAAAAAAAAAACCUGGAUUAAAUAGAAAAAAAAACUCUGGUAGAACCCCUUGAAGGAAAUACUAUAGAGAUCCCGUUGCUGUUGGCUGGGAAAAUCCAGGAAACAAUCUGUUAGAAAUAUCUGGGAAACAUCAAAAAUAUAUCACUAGAAGAUCUUCAUAAAAAUGUAAAAACCUUUGAAAACCUAUAACUCCCGGGAGGAGCUUCCGAAGACAUCUCAGCAGAAACUACGAUAACAAUUCUGAAAAAAUCUCAGGCAU